AUGUUGAAAAAGAACGACAUUCAAAAAGAUGCUCAUGGCCAUCACCAAAAUCAAGAUAGUGACGCCUUAGCAUCGUCGCCCCGGACGAACGUGUCACUUACAACACCUGCUGCUCGUAUGGUGGAGAUCCGUGUUCAGCAGCCCACGUCUAUCGCAAGCCCUAGGCCAUCUACAUCUGUUAGAGGUUGUUCUCGUGAAGACUCGCCUUCUGGGAAAGACAGGAGAGCUGAAGGGGAAGACGAUGGGGAUAACAACCCGCGUCGCUCUGUCCAUCUUUAUAGCAUGCGCAUCUCGCACCAUUUACGCUCAGGCUCUCUUCUUUCCUGGGAUCAACUUGCCGAUACGCCAGACCUCCCAGCCCCGCCUUCCAUGUAUCGUGAACGUACUAUCUCAGACCAAAGCCAAGUCUCUUUACGAAACCGACAACUUGCUCGCCAUCACCGACAGACAUCUAGCUCUGGCUUUGCAAGUACAAAGAUCCCGAGCAAGUGGGGCAAUGUCUUGCCGCAAGAUGUCGAUGCGCGUCCUGAUGUUGCGUCAUCCAUAUACUCGAGUCGACCACAGAGCCCACCUGACAGCUUUGGUGGUUCGAUGGUAACUCUUUCGCAUACUGGCACUGAGAACCAAGUCUUCAGUAUCUCAUCGUCUGAUCUACGCCGGCCUCGACGCUCUGCUUCCUUUCCAACAGAUCACGAGGAAACGCCGAAGCCAGCUAAACGGCAUGGACUGUCUGGGCUUACAACGGUGGUCGGCCAUUCGAUUGAAUCCUCCCUACUUGCCGUACCCGUCCCUUUAGCACGCAAGAACAGUGUUGCUGAUACUAAAACCUCUAAAUUUCGGGAAGAGUUCAGUCCAUCUCCGCCGAAGAAGAAGACAUCACAAUCGGUAUCCAUCAUAAAAUUCUUGAAUUCAAAGCGCCUUAGCGGGCGGAGCCAGAGUGAGGCAAACCUCCAUUCCGAAGCUUCAGUGGCCGCUAUGGAUGGUCCAUCUGAUAUGCUAGCAAUCCCUGCCGAUCGUGAACGUGGUCAUUCUCGGUCAUUGACAAGCUUUCAGACUGAACAAGAUGCGAUAGGAAGGAACAAAGGUGCUAGUCAUGUGUGGGAUUGCGCUUUGCAAGCUCAUCAAGAAGAGAAAGCAUCACUCUUCCUUCCACAGAACAAAGACCUUGCCGUUCACGCGAGUCCUUUCCGCGAACGCAGUGGGAGCGUUUCUGUUAGAAGAGCUAGCAUCGAAGGUCUAGAUCCAGCCAGUCGAGCUGACGACGGCUCCAGCACGCGGGUAUCGACGCUUUGCCCAACUCUUCAAACACCUAGUGAAGAGCCAUCUGAGGGACUUUACAACUUAGUCUCUCGGCGCAGCGCUUUGGUAGGGCGCGAUGACGUUAAUGUUGGACAAGAGGUGGCCACCGCGUUUGAGCGACAGGGCGACAGGACCGACAUUGUGGGGGCUUGGGGCCGAUACCCAUCGCACACGCGCCAUGACCGCACCGCUUCCGCAGGCAAGGCCGACAACGUUCAACCUCGCGACUUUGCACUUGAGGCAGCAAUCAAGUUUGCCUCGGCAACAGAUGACGAAGAUUUGAUUGAUCCAACAGAACGAAGACCGUCCACUCCGCUGCUACCAGGUGAGAAGAGGAAGCAGAAAAAGGUUGGCAGUGGUCGUAUAGCAAAGAGCAACUCCAUGACCUUCGGCAAAACUCUCAUGAAGAACUAUGCCAAGAUGUUCAGAAGCCAGAGUACAGAAUUCCAGAGGCAUGGUCGAGGACAUCGCAGCUCCAUCGCGUCAGGUGGCAUCCUAGAGCACCCUGAGCUCGAGCUGCUGCCCCAUGUGUGGACGGGCGAGGUUCACAAAGGUCAUGCAGACGUGCAGACUCUGAAACAUGAGGAACAGCCGCUGAAUGAUGAUUUUUCAAUGAGAGUCAUCAAAUCCAAGGGCAAAUUGCGGGCAGAUGACUCCAUGGCGACCCUCCGUCCGCGUCGCAACUCUUCAGCUCCUAAUCUCAACGAAAUGUCAUUCCGCGAUGGCGCUACUGGAGUGGGGCAUGCAAGCGAUCGUGCACACGUCUGGUCGACCUAUUAUGAGAACUGUGUCGAUGCUUACCCACGUUUGAGUAUGGAUACCGACCGAUUGCUUGAGGACUUUAGUCACUCAAAACGAUUCUCAUUCGACAGCAGGCGCGCAUCCAUACACUCACGAGCUAUGCCCAUUCGCAUACCGAAACACGAACGUAAGGAAAGUCAGGAGAGCAAUGCAAGUCGCGCAAAGAGCUUCGUCGACCGAGAUCAUAAUGACAGCGCUUCCGAGGAACGCAGCUUGGUCAGUGUUAGGCGGAGCACAAUGGAUCUGAUAUUCAAAUUCAAAGAGCAGGAAGCUACCGAACAUGAGAGGAUUCUAUCGUUCAGCAGGAUGGAUAGUGGGAGGGCGGGGGAGGGCGUCGCGGCUCCAUGA